CCCAGGACCCUGCAUUCACUAUAUCUGGUCUCCCCGGACCCUGCAUUCACUAUAUCUGGUCUCUCCGGACCCUGCAUUCACUAUAUCUGGUCUCCCCGGACCCUGCAUUCACUAUAUCUGGUCUCCCCGGACCCUGCAUUCACUAUAUCUGGUCUCCCAGGACCCUGCAUUCACUAUAUCUGGUCUCCCGGACCCUGCAUUCACUAUAUCUGGUCUCCCCGGACCCUGCAUUCACUAUAUCCGGUCUCCCCGGACCCUGCAUUCACUAUAUCCGGUCUCCCCAGGACCCUGCAUUCACUAUAUCAUCCGGUCUCCCCGGACCCUGCAUUCACUAUAUCUGGUCUCCCCGGACCCCUGCACUCACUAUGUCUGGUCUCCCCGGACCCUGCACUCACUAUGUCUGGUCUCCCCGGACCCUGCACUCACUAUGUCUGGUCUCCCCGGACCCAGCAUUCAUUAGAUCCGGUCUCCCCGCACCCCACAUUCACUAGAUCCGGUCUCCCCGCACCCCGCAUUCACUAGAUCCGGUCUCCCCGCACCCCGCAUUCACUAGAUCCGGUCUCCCCGCACCCCGCAUUCACUAGAUCCGGUCUCCCCGCACCCCGCAUUCACUAGAUCCGGUCUCCCCCGCACCCCGCAUUCACUAGAUCCGGUCUCCCCAGACCCCGCAUUCACUAGAUCCGGUCUCCCCAGGACCCCGCAUUCACUAGAUCUGGUCUCCCCGGACCCCGCAUUCACUGUAUCUGGUCUCCCCGGACCCUGCAUUCACUAGAUCCGCUCUCCCCGGACCCUGCAUUCACUAGAUCCGCUCUCCCCGGACCCUGCAUUCACUAUAUCCGCUCUCCCUGGACCCUGCAUUCACUAUAUCUGGUCUCCCAGGACCCUGCAUUCACUAUAUCUGGUCUCCCAGGACCCUGCAUUCACUAUAUCUGGUCUCCCAGGACCCUGCAUUCACUAUAUCUGGUCUCCCCGGACCCUGCAUUCACUAUAU